ACUCAGGGACUCAGACUUUAGUGUAGAUACUUCAAACAAAAUUAUGGAGCCUCCAAGUCAGAAUUUGAAGACAACACCAUUAUUAUCUCUAAGAAGAUUUCACAUUUCUGAAGAUUAUGGCUUUCUUCUUCCAAAUCCUCUGAAAGAACUUCCAGAUCAGUUUAGGCCUUGGAUGGAAAUUGCCAAUGAACUCCCUCAUUUGAUUGAGAGUCACCAGCUUCAAGCUCGAGUGAACAAGAUGCCCCUCCUCAGCUGUCAGGGCCUCACGAGUUACCGGGAACAGCGCCUGGCUCACUUGGUUCUCAGCUUUAUUACUAUGGGCUACGUGUGGCAGGAAGGACAGACACAACCCAAAGAGGUUCUGCCAAGAAAUCUUGCCCUUCCCUUUGUCGAAGUCUCCAGGAACUUGGGGCUCCCUCCUAUCCUGGCCCACGCAGACCUGGUACUGACAAACUGGACCACUAGGAAUCCAGAGAGAUCCCUGGAAAUCAGGAACUUGGACAUCAUUGUCUCACUUCCUGGGGGAGAGAGCCUGCGUGGCUUUAUACUGGUGACUGUUUUGGUGGAGAAAGCUGCAGUACCUGGGAUUAUGGCACUUGUUCAGGCCGUGAAUGCCAUCCUGCAGCACGGCGACAACUCCCUGCUCCGAGCCCUGCAGCAACUGAGACUCUCCAUUCAGGACAUCACCAGAACCUUAGGACAAAUGCACAAUUAUGUUGAUCCAGACAUAUUUUAUGCAGUCAUCCGGAUCUUUCUCUCUGGAUGGAAGGAUAACCCAGCAAUGCCUGUGGGGUUGACCUAUGAAGGAGUCUCCACAGAGCCCUUGAAGUACUCUGGAGGGAGUGCAGCUCAGAGCACAGUGCUUCAUGCCUUUGAUGAAUUCUUAGGCAUUUGUCAUAGCAAGGAAAGUGCUGACUUUCUGCACAGGAUGAGGGAGUACAUGCCUCCUUCCCAUAAGGCCUUUAUAGAAGAAAUCCAUUCGGCUCCCUCACUGAGAGACCACAUCCUGUCCUCUGGAAAUGACCAACUUCUGACAGCCUAUAACCAGUGUGUGGAGGCCCUGGUGGAGCUUCGCAGCUAUCACAUCACUGUGGUGACCAAAUACCUCAUCACAGUGGCCACCAAAGCAAAAGGCAGGAAGCCAAACCAUCUCCCUGGGCCAUCACAAGCCUUAGAAGAGAGGGGCACAGGUGGCACUGUAGUUCUGAGCUUCCUGAAGAGUGUCAGGGACAAGACCUUAGAGGCAAUUCUCCACCAAAGUGAUUAAGAGACUGCCCUCUGCCCAACAAUGCAAAACCAGCAAACUUGGGUGUUCCCUUUCUCUCUCUCCCUUUGGAGCACACAUAGGCCUGAAGAAUAAGAAUGUCUGGAAUAAUCUGAAAGGGAUAUCAGCCUUAUAUAUGUUCCUGCUACCCUCCACCCAGCCCCACUAUGCACACACACAUAUUACUGGGACAGUAUUUAGAUUCCAGAGUACCAAUCAAGGAGAGUACCUGAUCGUUGGGGGUAGCCUCCACCCAAGUUAACAUCUGCUGACACAGUCCCCCUCCCCAUAUGGGUACUGGUCGAAUGGAGCUUACAGCUUAUCUCAUCCUGUCUAAGAGGCUUUUCAGAUUACUCAGCUUUCAAAGUCCUAUAUCAUGCCACUUGGAAAAAAUACCUGACUACUUUCCACAUCCCCUAGGCCCUUAAACCCCACUCUGACUAUAUGUAUAUUAUAUGUACUGCAUAUAUACUAUAGUAUACUAUAGGUAUUACAGUAUACCAUACAUCAUGUUCUCUCUCUCUCUCUGUAUGUGUGUGUGUAUAUAUAUAUACACACACACACACACACACACACAGCAUAUAUAUAUAUAUAUAUAUAUAUAUAUAUAUAUAUAUAUAUAUGAGAGAGAGAGAUUUUUAGAAAUUGGCUUAUAUGAUUAUGAGGCUGGAAAUUCCAAAACCGCAGGGUAGACCAGUAAGCUGGAGGCCCAGUGAUGCAACAAUUGAAAGACUGGCUACCUUUUCAUUUAAAUGUUCAUCUCAUCCAUACAAAACAGCCUCACAAAAACAACCAGAAUAAUGUUUGACCAAAUAUCUUGGCAUCAUGGCCCAGCCAUGGUGACAUAAAAUUAACCAUCAGAAACCUCCAUGAGAAGAACCUGAAUUAGGAUCGUUAUGGUAUCUGACACACACCCUCCCCACAUCUUUAUCAGAGAAGAAUCAUCCUUUGUAAUAAUGGAGAGGAGGUACAAAAAUGGUGUAGAGUACAGCGACUCCCCAAGAGAUGCUGGGAAAGGAUGUAGCAGUGCAUUGGAGAGAAACCCCUAGAGAAAAGCACAGAAUACUGCACCAAAAAACCUGACCACAUUGACAACUAAAGGCUUUCUAUGCUGCAUGAUCCAUGUAGAAUAAAACCAUCGUCUCUGUUAAUAAAAAUAACAACCCAUUGUUUCUCAAAGUUGGUAUUAUAGCGGUAAGCUUCAUCUGGGAAGGGGGAUAAGACCUUAAAGUCCUAAACCUUGUACAUGAGAGUCACCUUCAUCCAUGCUGCUCCACUCUACCUAGUCCUACCGGGGUCAAGGGGUCACCAAUUCCUUUUCAUACUGUGUCCACAUACAGCUAGGAUUACUUUAGUAAUUUUUAGAAGACUUUAGUAAAGAUUCAGGGAUGAUUUCAAAAGGAAGCAAACAAAAACCAUAAAGGAAUACUAGUUAAAUGGCCUGGGUAACAUGCCAUGUGCAUUCUGGAGGCACACAAGUCCUACACUUCCUCAUUCCUAGGCUGCAUGCUGGUGAACGGGAUCCCCCAAACUCUCAGCUUAUAGGAUGUCAAACCAAGACAGUGAGGCUCAGAGACUGAGUUUCUCCUCCCCUGUUGUUAGUCUGAAAUUUGUUUUUUGUUGUCUCAGUCCAAUCUAUAUUGGGUUAAAAUCAAAAUAAAAUGAAACACCAAUGAUAAAGAAAUGCUUGAUACCUGUGAGAUCCCAUCCAAUUUAAGAUCUGGGAUAAAAAACUUGAGGUAACUACAAGCCAAUUAUUCCUUCCACAACAAUGAAUUUCACCCACCACGUUCUGUCUUGCAUUUUCUGGUGCACAAAUGUCCUAUUUGCUUUGCUAAUGGAAGAAAUGUUCUUCUCUUUCUUUGUUCAUGUAACAGUAAACUUAAUAAAGAAGUCGGAUAUCACUGUUUUCUGAAAUGCAAUCGCUAGUUAAUUUUUGCAGUUUAGCAUCUGCUUCCCACGAACAUUAAAAAACUGAGUUCUUGAA